UGGGGCGACCCUCGGACCCUAACUGGGAGGACAAGAGGAUGGGGGCCCCCAAACUGCGCGGCAGCCAUUUGGGGGGCCAGUCUCCAUUUGGGGGCCUGGUCUUCCCCCAAAGACGCCCCAUUCAUAAAUUUCCGUCUUGGACCCCCACUAUUGAAGAACUCUGGGGACCACUCCCCCCGGGGACCACAGAUAUGUGGGAAGAGUACGGAACCCAGAAACCCCAGUGCCCCCUCCCAGGUAGGCCCUGGGGAGACCCCUGCCCUCUCUCCCUGCUUCACCUGUUGUCGGGGGAGGCGGGCGGACAAAGAAAGCGGUGUCACGUGACUGCUCAUUCACAAAAUCCCAUCCCAUUGAGAAAAGGGGGCUGGGGGCGCUGCGGCCGCCCCUUCCUCUCCCAGGGAAACCCGGCAGCCUGUAGAUGGGGGAGGAGGCUGGAGCUCGUUGCCUGAGUCCCUAAGGUUGGGACGCCAGGGUCCCUGUGCUGGGUGGCGGUGAGGGGCAGGAAGCUGAUCCCGAUUACUGGGUGGAGGGCUAGGUCCCUAGAGCUGGGGGGCGGGGUAAAAUGGUUCUGAAGGAUGGUGAGGGGUGGGGAGUGAUCAAUCUCCCCCUCCUCCUAUGCGAUCGCCCUUGCCUUUCCUCCGCUGGGGCCUGAGGGAGCAGGCUUGGUUUUUGUGAAUGAAAUGCUGUCUGGUUGUGCCUCGUCGUGUUGCUGGCUUUCUGUGCCUCCAUCUCCCUCUCGGCCUCUCUCCCUGGCCAUCUCUGGUUUUCUCCCUGCCCAUCUCCCAUUGCUGGGUGACUCAGUGAGCUUUGCAUCCGGUCUCAUUCAUAAAUCCGGGAAGGGGUGGGGGGAAGAGAGCCUGAGUUUCUCACCCAGCCAGUGUCCUGGGCAGGGGGGUGCAGAGGCAGUGGAGGGGGUCAGGAGCUGGGUUGGUGGGUCCUCAGAAAAUACGUGUGCGCAGGCACCCAGUUGUGAAGGGGGAAUGAUGGGUGGGGCUGUGGGGCUGUGUGGAGGGAGGAGGGGGAGACAGAGGUGACAGGGGAUGAGCAGAAGGAGAAGAGGUAGAACACUGAGGCUAUGGGGGUAGGGAUGGGGGACAAGGUGGGCACAGGAGAGGGGAGGUGGCAUGAGGAAGAAAGGAGUUUGCUGGAAGAAGGUGGCCGUGGGGGAAGGAGGUGGGCCAGGGAGAAGAGGACUUGGGAGAGAAGGUGGGCAGAGUGGAAACAAUGCAGUUGGGGGAAGGUGGGUAUCCAUGGCUUAGAGGGGCAGUGGGUCCCCAUGUGAGAGCUGACCAUGGAAGGGAGAGGAGGCCUGGGCUAACACUGAGUGGGGGGAGCAGGGCUUGGCUCAGUGACCGUGUUGUCUCUGUCCCCCCACCUCCUCCAGGUACAUGGUGCGGGGUCCGAGCCGUGGUGAUGACCCGAGAUGACUCCAGUGGGGGCUGGCUGCCUGUGGGGGGCGGGGGCCUCAGCCAGGUGAGCGUAUGUCGGGUCCGAGGGGCCAGGCCCGAGGGGGGGGCCCGCCAGGGGCACUACGUCGUCCACGGGGAGCGCCUCCGGGACCAGAAAACCACUCUGGAGUGCGCCCUGAGGCCAGGCUUGGUUUACAACAAGGUGAACCCCAUCUUCCACCAUUGGAGCCUCGGUGACUGCAAGUUCGGGCUGACAUUCCAGAGUCCCGCAGAGGCUGAUGAGUUCCAGAAAAGUCUGCUGGCUGCACUGGGUCAAGGCUCGCUCACUCCCUCCUCUUCCUCCUCCUCCUCCUCCUCCCCUUCCCAGGACACCGCUGAGACCCCCUGCCCCCUGACGUCCCACGUGGACAGCGACUCCUCUUCCAGUCACAGCCACCAGGAGACGCCUCCUGCUACUGUGGCGGCCCCCAUCGUCACAGUGGAGUCAGCUUCUGGCUUCGGGCCCACCACACCCCCCCAGCGCCGCCGCUCGUCUGCUCAGAGCUACCCUCCACUCCUCCCGUUCACAGGGAUUCCGGAGUCCUCAGAGCCCCUGGCCGGGCCCGGGGGCCGAGGCUGGGGCGGCCGAGGCUACGAAGAUUACCGGCGCGCCGGCCCACCCCCUCCCCUCGCCCUGUCAACCUGUGUGGUGCGCUUCGCCAAGACCGGCACCUUGAGGGGCGCAGCCCUUGGGUCCCCCACGGCACUACCCGCCGCUUUCACCGAGCCUGCGCCACCAGCGCCCCCAGCACGCCCACCUCCGGGUCCGGGCCCCGCCCCUGCGCCUGCCAAGGCCUCCCCAGAGGCGGAGGAAGCGGCGCGCUGUGUGCACUGCCGUGCGCUCUUCCGCCGCCGCGCUGAUGGGCGUGGCGGCCGCUGCGCUGAGGCCCCGGACCCGGGUCGUCUGUUGGUGCGGCGUCUCAGCUGCUUGUGGUGCGCUGAGAGCUUGCUCUACCACUGCCUGUCGGACGCCGAGGGCGACUUCUCGGACCCGUGCGCCUGCGAACCGGGCCACCCGCGCCCCGCCGCGCGCUGGGCCGCGCUGGCCGCCCUCUCCCUGGCGGUGCCCUGCCUCUGCUGCUAUGCGCCCCUCCGUGCCUGCCACUGGGUCGCUGCGCGAUGCGGCUGUGCCGGCUGCGGGGGUCGCCACGAGGAGGCAGCACGGUGAGGACGGCCUGGCGGGUCCCCUGUAGCCGGACCGAGGACCCAAAAUUAAGGGUCCAGGGCACCGGACUCCAUUCGGACCCAAAAUUCAAACCCAGGCGCACCCGGAGCUUGGAGCUGGAGUUUGAAAGACCCCAGACCUGCAACCUGGACCGCAUAUCUAGGACUGAGAAACCCCAGGCCCUUCUUCUUGGGGGUAUUUGCCCAAGAGGUCCCAGGCAUCCUGAGUUCUGGCAUCCCCACCUACGGCCCAGACCGAGGCGAGUUCAGGCAUCCCCAGACUCUACAUCUCGGACUUGCCAGGGAGUGCACAGAUCCCUGAAAGACCCAGACCCCGACCCCCUGCCCAAGUUACCAACGCAGAUCUAAUCCCACCUGGCACCAUGAAUCCUCAGAUUACAGGGUUCCAGAAUUAGAUAGGAGUUGCCAGUAGCCGACCCUGCCUGGAUCCAGUUACGUCCAGAUCUUGAAAUGGCAGAAUCACCCAAAAUGGUCCCUGAAGCCUCACCUGAAACCAGGGGCACCAAUGCCUGAGGUGUCCUUAUAACCCCAACCCUCCUGGGUCUCAGACCCCAAAGUGUUGUGUAAUCAACAGAUCGUGGCCCCAAGACCCCACCGACCCCAGGAACACCUUGAUCUAAGAUGUCCAAAUAACCCCAGGCACCCUAGGACCCAGACUUUUCAGGAUGCCCUGACUCCUUGGAUAUGCUCAAACAUCAGGUGUUCUCUGACCCAAAUGAACUGGGAGACCCACCCCAGAGCCCCCCAAGAUCCAGACGUCAGAUGCCACGAUGCUCUGGGAGCCAGGGGAGACCUCCUAGACUCAUCCACCCCCAAGCCAGUACUCCCAGGAGCUUUGGAUCUCUGAUCUAAGACCCUGAGUUUCCUGGUACCCCCAAAUGUAGGACUGAAGGCCAUGCACACCUCUGGACCCAAGACACUGGUCCCCAGACCUUAAAUACCCUCCUUCUGGUUCCCAUUGGACCCAUGUUUCAAGACCCAGAAUGUCCUGGAAUCUUUGACUACUUUGUACUCUCACAUCCCCAACCCCCAAAGGCUGGGAGUCCAGCCCACAGAAGAUGGGAUGGCCAUGGCAGCCCAGACCUCUGACCACUAGGCUCCUGGUCCCUGAGUGACCCCAAGAUACUUUAGGAGCACUGGAUCCAAGACCCCAAGGUGCCACUGACCUCUGAGAUGCAGCAUCCAAGACUCCACGACAUUGGAAUUGUCUUGAUCCAAGACCUUGGUUCCCCCAUGCCAGGGUCAUCUAGACCUGAGGUGCCCUGGGAGCACCAUCUCAAAGCCCCAGGACCCUCAGACUCAGAUUGCUUUGGACUCAAACCUCUCUCGCAUGAUGAACCCCUAGAGAUGCCUCUAUGCCUAACUCCCCAGGCCCAGCAUGUGUGUCCUCUGAGACCUCCCCGUUGCACCCUGCCAUCCAGGCUUACCCCUGAGACACCAAGGUCUGAAUUCUGGUGCCGAGUACCCCAGCCCAAGCCCUUAGUAUCCUUCAGAAUUACCCCUUCCCUCUAGGGAAGAAAAAUAUUUUGAACUCACAUGUUGCCAGAUUCCAGGACGACCUGGAAACUCCCCUGCUCCUUUCUCUAGGACCCAGCAUUGCCAUGUAUGAUGGUGCAGGCUGUUAGCUAAGCAAGGCCACACAGCUGAGGUGGUGAGUGGGGCUGGAGUUCACACCACUCUCUGCUUGCUGAGCUGUACUGGCAGAGGGAGAGGUGCCUUUUUCUAACUGGCACAGAGGCACCUCUUUGGCUAGUUAUGGCUCUGCAUAGGCCCUGUCAUCCCCAGCUUUGCAGACCCUUCAAACCUACCCUUUGCCCAAGUCUGGCCUCUUACUUUCUGCCUCUCCAUUAACCCUUUCUUCUCCAUCGCAGAGUUGGGGAUUGCUCUGGAAACUUUGAAAGCCUGUUUCAUACCCUUCUGAGGCCCCUCCUCUGGGUAAGGAAGUUGGCACUGUCUCUUCCCCCAAGUGGAAUGGGCUUCUCAGUGCACCUCAGAUUUGGACAUCCCUGUAUAGGGGAGUCAAGGUCUUGGAACAGGGGCCACCUUAGUGUCGAAUGGGCUUGAGCCCUGCAUCUGGGGGUAGAAAUGUACACUUCCUUUUCCUCAAUAUCCAGACCUGGAUGGCCUUGUGAGGGUGUACGGGACAGGUGAAGGGGGCCAGAGGAUAGGUCUUCUUGUCACUUUAAAUUAUUAACUAUUUGUUAAAUCCGGAACCUGUGAGAUUCAGCUCUCCCAACCAGACCCUGGGAUGGGUGAGAGAAAAGGGGGGUGUCCCUCCCACCCCCACUCUGCCCAGCUCUCAUCACUGUCAGACCCACCAGAGCUGAGGGUGAAGGGACUGGGGGCAGCCUGGGUCCCCAUCCCCCUCUCUGUGCCUAGGUCUCCCCCCUUCCUUGGUGGCAGGGGGGAAGCUCCAUUCUUAACCUACCUCGUUUAGGGAGGGGUGGGACGGGGGACCAGAGUGCUGUACGGUGCUGUGGGAUCCGCUCAUGAAGUGGCGGGGACUGCGGGGAGGUCCCCCCAGCACCCACCUCAGCACUGCCUGUCCCAGGUCUCCCGGUCUUGCUCCCUGCUGACACCCACCUCUGAUCCAUGAUUACCCUUCAUUGCCCCCAAAUCAGGGGUGCAUGGAGGGCUGACCUUGGGAGCCAGGAAGACCUCAGACCCUGGAGCUCCCAGGCGCAAUUUCCCAGCUGCUUGCCCCUCAGAUUGGAUGCCAGCCCCCAGACUUGGGGGGGAGGCACCCCAACAUUUAUCUUCCUGAUCUUGAUUCCAAGCCAGUCUGUAACCUCAAUAUUGUUAUCGUUACUGCAGGCUGAAGUGGUAGUGGGGGGUGGGCCCAAGACCCAGCCUUGUCUUCAGGGGAAGGGGGCGUGAGAUCUCAGCUCCAAGAAAUGUCUGUGACAAAGUUUCAGCCUGUGUUCUUUAUUUGCAUGGACGCGACCCAUCCACUCAGCUUCCUGAGCCACCAAACCAGCCUCCUACCUCAACUCUCCCCCUGCACAUCCCUUAGUCCCAAGCAGACCCUCCAGCUGAGUUCUGCACAUUGGGUCACUCAGCAUAUACAUUUAUCUAGUACCCACUCUGCCAAGCCCUGUUCUAGAUGCUGGGGAUGAAGCAGCGAACAGAACACACACAAGGGGGAGCUGUGUGACCCGUAUAGUGGGGGACACAAUAAAGAAGUAAGUUACAUAGUAUGUGUCUUAGGCUGGGUUCUCUAGAGAAGUAAAACCGGUAAAGCAUAUAAAUACAUACAUAGAGAGAGAGAUUUAUAUCAAAGAAAUGGCUCACGCGGCUGUAGAGACUGGAGCGUACCAAGCCUGUGGGUCAGGAUAGAGGCUUCUGAUUCACGUAGCCGCAGAGGCUGGCAAACCCGCGAUCGGUAGGUCAGAGAGCAGGGCUCUUGCUCACAGGCUGUGAAGAUCGAUGAAUCCCAAGACCGGCAGGCAAGACUGCAGGGAAGCUGCUAGCUCAAGUCCCAAGAACCAAAAGUCAGACGAACAGCAGACAGCUGCAGGAUCCAGCAAGAGCAAAAGCCCAUGAUCCUUGCCAGUAUGUCCACUUAUAUUUGAUGCAAGCCACAGCCCCAAGAAAACUCCCUUGGAACUGAUUGGUUACUACAGCAGAUUCCAUCAUGGAGGUGAUCAGAACAACAUAUGACAGUCAAACCACUGAGAAUCAUGGCCCAGCCAAGUUGACACACAACUGUAACCAUCACAGUGUGUUAGAAAUGUAAUACACUCUCAGGAAAAAAAUAAGUGGUGAUGGGCAACGCCAGCAAUUUUAGCUAAGGUGGUCAGGGUAGGACUGAUGGAGGAGCUGGCAUUUUAAUGAAGACCUGAAGGAGGUAAGGGAGCCAUGUCUGGGUAGGAGCGUCCCGGGUAAAGGGAGCAACCAGUGCAAGGGCCCUGAGGGAGGAAUGGAUCUGUAAGUCUAAAGAACAACAAGGAAGCCAGAGCGUCUGGAGCUGGAGGGUAAGCAAGGAGUACUAGGAGGUAAGGGCAGAGUGGUGACAGGCAGAGUGUGUGGGGUCUCGCAAGCCACCGUACGAACUUUUUCCCCCUCAGAGGGACCCAAGGGAAGCCUCUGAGCAGGGGAGGCAUGUGACUGGACUCAGGUGAUCACAGGCUCCCUCUGGCUGCAUGUGGGGAACAGCCUGUGGGGGCAUGGGGAGUAGGCAGUCAGUGAGGGGGCUGCUGUGAUGGUCUGGGGAAGACAGUGGUCGAUGGGACCAGGGUGGGGGCAGCGGGGCCAGGAAGAAGUGGGAGGUAUCAAAUCUAUUUUGAAGGUAGAGCCCACAGGUUUAGAGGUAAGAUUCGAUACAGAGUGGAGUCAGGGUUAUGACUAGAAGGUUUGGGUAUGAGCAAUUUUUAAUGUUUUGUUUAAGUCAACAAAUGUCCCCCUCCCUCCAAAUGUCCUGAGUUGGGGUAGGCAGGGCUAUGGAAGGACUGGAUUAAGGGUAGCCCCAGGCCCUGCUUCUGAAGAAUAAGUUCUGGCCCUGCUUCUUCCCAGCCCACUCCCACUCCUAGCAGAAUUAUCUAGGAGUUCCUGGAAGGUGUAAACGGUUAGUGCGCUUGGCUGCUAACAGAAAGGUUGGAGUCCACCCAGAGGCACCUUGGAAGAAAGGUGUGGCAAUCAGCUUCUGAACAAUCAGGCAUUGAAAACCUUACGGAGCACAGGUCGCCAUGAGUCAAAGUCGACUUGAUGGCAACUGCUGGUACUGGUGUGGGAGACCAGGAUAGAGUAGGAAAUAGAUUAGGUCUGGAACAGCAAUUUUAACAGCUGCUAUAAAAAUAGCAGUGACAGGUUAAAUGUUUAAAAACAUGGACUUUGGAAUCAGAUCUUAGUUUGAGUUCUGGCAUCACCACACAUUCGCUCUGUGAUUUAUCCUCUCUGAAUCUCAGUUUUCUUCUCUGUGAACUGGCGAUAAAAUAUUUAACCCAGUAGCACAUAUGAAAUGCUCAAUAUAUGUCGUUACUCUUAACUGAGUAACUCUGUGUGCCUACUAAGCACUUUGUACAAACAGGACUGUAAUUAAUCCUCAGAGACAACUCUAAGAGACAAAUAUUAUUAUUAUCCUCAUUAUUCAUGGGACUAUACCAUGG